AUGACGGAUACAGAAGAUGAUUCCAGCGGUGGGUCUGUUAGUAAAUACAAGCAAUUAAAAGCUAUGAAUAAAGUUCUUGGGAGCCGGUCGGACUAUCUAGGAGGAGUGGGUUAUCAAUUGAAAGGCAGCUCAGAAACAAGUUCUAGUACUCAAAGUCGAGCUCAAUCACAAGUACCGACUUCAUCCAUUACUUUGGAAGAUAUGGGAGUCUUCACCGAGUUUAUGUUAAAAAUGCGUGAUAAGAUUGAUCAGUCUGGCACCUCCAGUGAUGCGUCUCUGCAUGACCCGCGGUUUGAUAAAUUUUACAAAAAUUUUUACCAUCACAACCGCAAGGUAGCGCGUCGAGUUCAGCCCCCCCUCCAACGUCAAUGCCACAACAACAACAACAACAACAACAACAACAACAACGAUCGCCUUAGCUGCCUCAGUUUUUCCAAUAACAACAACAAAAAUUCUCCCAACAUAUCUGCUGGCUCUUCACAAUCGCCUCAGUUACAUUACAUGUUUGGGCUUCCCUCACAGUCUCCUCCUAUAUUUUUUUUGGAUGCCGCUGGAGGAUCUUAG